AUUAAAUAGGAAAAAACGAAAUAGAAAACACACUGAAAAAAAGCUACUCUCCAUCUUCAGGAAGCCGGUUCUCGCUGCAGUAAACUUCUGUAGUGGUGACCAUUCUGAGAUAUGGAUCCUUUAUGGCAACUCAUUUGUUAAUUUUAUUUAUUGUUAGUUUUCUGCAAAAUCUCUGUGUCGAACAACGGUGUUGUAGGUUUGUGCUAAAUUAUUAGGUUAGUAGCUGAAAGAUUUCAUCUUGAUUAGAUGGAACAAGGUUUUAACUCUGAUCCAAAUGCCCCUUCUGCGCCAAUUGAUAAGUCUAGGGUAUAUGAUGUGAAGCCUUUAAGAAGCCUUGUCCCGGUUUUCCCGAACACUCCAGGCAUGUCUUCGAUUUCAAACCCUAAUCCAACUCCUUUUGUGUGUGUUCCGCCUUCUGGUCCUUUCCCUGCUGGAGUCCAACCAUUUUACCCGUUUAUGGUUUCAAAUGGAUCUCAGACUCGAAACCAUUCAGCCAAUGCUGGUUUUAAUGGUGGUAUACCAGAUCCAGUUCCAUUGAACUCGUUUAGGACUCCACAGGCGAAUGGAGGGAGUAGUCGGGCUAAGAGGGCCGCCUAUAAAACUCCUGGUUCAGCAUCUGUGGUUAUCGAGGAUGAUGGAUAUAGUGAUGCACAGGAUCAAAGUGACCAAUAUGUGAGUGGAUUUGGCACAAACGUUGGUGAUGCAGAUGAUGCUAGCAAUUCGGGUAAGAAAAGAAGGGGCCGUCCGAAGAGGAAAGGAGUUGGGAAUGGGCCAGAGAUUGAUGUUGAAUCAGUUGCUAAUAACAUCUUAACCUUGUUUAAGCUUAAAGAUUUUGAUGAGGGUAGAAAAGCUAAUGGUGACAAGGAUACAACGGCAACUGUGCUAUUGGUCUACGACCUGAUCCGGAGAACGCUUACUCAACUCGAGGAAGCAAGUGAUAAUGCUGGAGGUGCCCGACGUCCAGACCUCAAGUCUUCGAAUCUUAUGAUGACCAAAGGAGUGCGGACAAACAACCUGAAGAGGACUGGCCAUGUACCUGGGGUUGAUGUUGGAGAUAUCUUUUUCUUCAGAAUGGAGCUCUGCUUGGUGGGUGUACAUGCUCCGAGCAUGGCCGGGAUAGAUUAUAUGAGUGUCAAGGUCACCGGAAGCGAAGACCCUGUAGCCGUCAGCAUAGUUUCUUCCGGAGGUUACGAUGAUGAUGAUGGGGAUGAUACUAAUGUGUUGAUCUACAGUGGUCAGGGUGGAGUUCAGAGGAGAGAUGGCCAAAUGUUCGAUCAGAAACUCGAGAGGGGAAAUCUUGCCCUAGAAAAGAGUCUGCAUCGUGGUAAUGAUGUUAGAGUUAUAAGGGGUAUCAAGGAUGCUAGUAAUGCACCGGGUAAGAUUUAUGUGUAUGACGGUGUUUACAAGAUUAUUGAGUCGUGGGCUGAAAAGAAUAAGUCUGGUUUAAACGUGUUUAAGUAUAAGUUGAUAAGGCAACCGGGGCAGCCUGAAGCUUACUCACUGUGGAAAUCGAUUCAGCAGUGGAGGGAUGGGACUGCUGCUCGGCCCGGCCUUAUUAUCCCAGACCUAACUUCUGGUGUUGAGACUCAGCCUGUGGCUCUUGUAAACGACUCUGAUGGGGAGAAAGGACCUGCUCAUUUCACCUAUGUCGCUAGUCUGAAAUACUCUCAACCUUUUCCGGCAUCCAAACCAUUUUCGGGUUGUCGUUGCUUAGGCGGAUGCCAACCGGGCGAUAGCAGUUGUCCUUGUAACCAGAGAAAUGAAGGCCUGCUUCCCUAUUCGUCUGCAGGAGUUCUUUUAACUACUAAACCAGUGAUACAUGAGUGUGGUCAGUCUUGUCAGUCUCCUCCAAACUGUCGAAAUCGUAUAUCUCAGGCAGGUGUAAAAUUUCGUCUGGAGGUUUUCAAGACGAAGAACCGGGGUUGGGGUCUUAGGUCGUGGGACCCUAUUCGUUCAGGGAGUUUUAUCUGCGAGUAUGCUGGGGACAUUGUCAAGGUUACUGCAAGCGAUUUUGAGAAUGCAAAUGAUGACAGUUACAUCUUUGAUGCUGGUCGCUACUAUGAGCCACUGGAACGCGUUUAUGACUCUAGUAGCGCCAAGAAGGCCCCUUUCCCUCUUGUUAUAAGUGCAAAAAGCAACGGGAAUGUGUCCCGUUUCAUGAACCAUAGCUGUUCCCCUAAUGUGUUCUGGCAGCCAGUUCUGCGGGAAAGUGACAGUGGAAUUUGUCUCCACAUUGCUUUCUUUGCCAUACACCACAUUCCUCCAAUGCAGGAGCUGGUGUACGACUAUGGGAUACCCGCAGAAGCAGACAGAGGGAGGAAGAAGUGCUUGUGCGGAUCAGUCAAGUGCAGAGGUCACUUCUAUUGACCAUCUCCUGUGGUGGCCGAGAAUCUCUCGGUGCUUGAUGCUUUGAAAUAAAGGUUAUGGUGCAAGCUUGAAGAAAAGUGAAAAUUUUCCCAUGCGGCUUUCCUCCGACUCCCGUCUCUCUCUCACUGUGGAAGAAGAUGGCAGGAAGGAGGUGGGCCUCUCAAGGUGUAUUAUCAGCAUCUGCAGAUAUGCAGCUGGACUGGUUGUGUUGUAGAAUCUCUUAGUUUGCUUUCCUAUGUUGUAGGAUUCUGCAGUUAGGCAGACUUGUUGGAAUUUUAUUAACUCUUAUUUUCUAGCUACCCUUAUGUUCAGAAAUAUUUAUGGCUGUUUUUGCUCUUGUUGGAUGUUUACCAAGACUCAAGAGUUGGAUAUUUGGUUGUUUUGGAUUUUGCAGUAUUUAGGGCACUAGGAAUCCAUUUGGUUUCCAUUAUUGCUCCUCAAUAGAUGCUAUGUUUAUUAUUA